AGGAAAAGAAAAAAGAAACCAACUAACGAGAACGAGCGUCUCAGACUUCUCAGACUGCUGGGCUGUUGAGUUUAGUUGAGACCUUUUUAAUCUCUCUCUCUCUCUCUCUCUCUCUCAAGACUCAACUCUCAAGUGGAUUGAAAAUGCGGUUUGCUUUUCACGAAGGGCCAUUGCUUCCAAAGCAAGCCAAAAAAGCUUGCGGUUUCUGACCGACUUAUGAUGUUCUUCGCUAUCCUUAGUUUAGAUCUCUGAGAACGAAGAGGGAUCCCUUUAUAAUGAUUGAUUUUCUGUAAAAAUGUCGGUUUCUUCGAUAGCUUCAUCUGCUCAUUUCAGGUCGGUUACUGAUAUGAUUCUACUCUGAUUAGGUGGAACAGAGUUUGUGUCCAUUAUUUUUGACUGAAAAAACUGAGUUGAAUCUGUAAUGGCAUCAAAACAAGGCUCUAAGUCGAAGAAAUCAAUCUCGAGUGUUAACAAAUUUCUUAAUUCUCCUUCAUCCUCGACUACUUCCUCUUCGAAACAGUUUCUAGACACCUCGCUGGAAGGUCAGAGUUCUCCUGCUUCUUCAUCGGCUCGAAGUAAACAACAAUAUUUCUAUUCGGAUAGUGUACCUCUUGAGGUCGAGAGACCCAAAGAGAAUGUCACGGUUACAGUCCGGUUUCGUCCUCUCAGUCCGAAGGAAAUUCGGCAAGGAGAGGAGGUUGCAUGGUAUGCUGAUGGAGAAACUAUCGUGCGGAAUGAACACAAUCCUUCGAUAGCGUAUGCGUAUGAUCGAGUAUUUGGCCCUACAACAACAAGUAGGCAUGUUUAUGAUGUAGCUGCACAACAUGUUGUUAAUGGUGCUAUGGAGGGCAUCAAUGGCACAAUUUUUGCUUAUGGUGUGACUAGCAGUGGCAAGACUCAUACAAUGCUUGGUGAUCAAAGGUCCCCUGGAAUCAUACCCUUGGCUGUGAAGGAUGCUUUUAGUAUCAUUCAAGAGACUCCAAAUCGGGAAUUUCUUCUUCGAGUGUCAUAUGUGGAAAUCUACAAUGAGGUUGUUAAUGACUUGCUGAAUCCUGCAGGCCAGAACCUAAGAAUAAGAGAGGACCUUCAGGGAACCUAUGUUGAAGGGAUAAAAGAAGAAGUUGUAUUAUCCCCUGUUCAUGCUCUGUCCCUUAUUGCAGCUGGUGAAGAGCACAGACAUGUUGGGUCUACAAGUUUCAAUUUACUCAGCAGCAGAAGCCAUACAAUAUUUACACUGACAAUAGAGAGCAGUCCAUAUGGUGAAAACAGCGAAGGAGAAGCAGUAAGCUUGUCACAGUUGAACCUCAUCGAUCUGGCAGGUUCUGAGAGCUCCAGAGCUGAAACCAAUGGUGUGAGACGAAAAGAAGGAUCAUACAUCAAUAAAAGCUUGCUAACUCUUGGAACUGUUAUAUCAAAAUUAACAGAUGGAAAGGCUACUCAUAUACCUUACAGAAAUUCUAAACUAACGAGGCUUCUUCAGUCCUCUUUAAGCGGUCAUGGGCGUGUAUCUCUUAUUUGCACUGUUACUCCUUCAUCAAGUAAUUCAGAAGAAACACAUAACACAUUGAAGUUUGCCCAUCGUGCAAAACAUAUUGAAAUUCAAGCAUCACAAAACAAGAUAAUUGAUGAGAAAUCACUCAUCAAGAAAUACCAAAAUGAGAUCCAAAUUUUAAAGGAAGAGUUGGAACAACUGAAAAGGGGUAUCAUUACUGUACCACCAUUGAAAGAUGUUAUUGAUGAUGACAUUAUGCUUCUAAAACAAAAGUUAGAAGAUGGUCAAGUCAAGCUGCAAUCAAGAUUGGAACAAGAAGAAGAAGCUAAAGCUGUUCUUCUGAGUAGGAUUCAACGGUUGACAAAGUUAAUUCUAGUGUCCACAAAGGCUACACAAUCUUCUAGAUUUUCUCAACACCCUGGUCACAGGAGAAGGCAUUCUUUUGGAGAAGAAGAGAUUGCAUACCUCCCAUACAAAAGGCGAGAUUUGAUCUUGGAUGACGAAAACAUUGACUUGUAUGUUUCUCUAGAAGGCAGCAGUGAAAAUACAGAUGAUUCUUCCAAGGAGGAAAAAAAAAGCCGAAAGCAUGGAUUGCUAAAUUGGUUCAAGUUGCGGCAGAAGCGAGAUAAUGGCUUCACAACAUUGACAAGCAUAGAUGGUGAUAAAUCAAGUGUGAGAAAGUCAACUACUGCACCUUCAACUCCUCAGGCAGAAAGCAUUAAUUGUUCCACAGAACCUAGAAUUUCUAAUUCUUUACUUACUGAAAGCACUCCUGUCGAUGUUUUGUUGGAGGUUGGACAGGAUAGAGAAGUUCAUGAUGAUAGAUUUUCUGUAUCAGAUGCACCGUUGGCCAGCAUAAAAAUGACAGACCAAAUUGAUCUGCUAAGAGAACAGCAAAAUAUUUUGUCUGGAGAGGUGGCGCUCCACCAAAUUGCUUUAAAGCGCUUGUCAGAAGAGGCUGCAAACAACCCUAAGAAGGAACAAAUUCAUGUGAAUGUACAAAAGCUAAAUGAUGAAAUCAUGGUGAAAAAACAACAGAUAGCUUCCCUAGAAAAACAGAUUGCUGUUUCCAUCCUAACAUCUCAAAACAAGGACACCUUGGAGUUGUCACAGUCUUUUGCUGAAGUGGUUGCUCAAUUGAAUGAGAAGUCCUUCAAACUUGAGGUGAAGGUUGCGGAUAACAGAAUAAUUCAAGAGCAGCUCAACGAAAAGAUCCGCGAGUGUGAAGGAUUGCAGGAAACAAUCAUUUCCUUGAGACAACAGCUGGCCGAAGCACAAGAGCUGAGGAGUUCUAGUUCAGUUUCAGUAACAGCACAUUCACAGCAUUACACUGAAGAGAGAAGCUUCCAAGAAGAAGUUGCUCUCAGAAAAGAAGAUGCAGUCCUUGGAGAUGCUAAUGAAGACUUGCCAAUACAAGAACAGGCAACCGAGGUUGAAGAACAGAAGAGGAAAAUGACUGAAUUAACAGAAGCAAAAGAACUGCUUGAAAUCAGAAAUCGAAAGCUGGCAGAAGAGAGCUCAUAUGCUAAGGGGUUGGCAUCUGCUGCAGCAGUGGAGCUGAAGGCAUUAUCAGAAGAAGUCGCCAAGCUUAUGAACCAUAAUGAGAGACUAGCUGCUGACUUGGCUACACUAAAGAAUUCCUCCUCCCAGCGAAAACCCAUUGGUACUGCUCGAAAUAGCAGAAGAGAUGGACAUAUCAAGAGGCAUGACCAAGCAGGAUCUGCAGACAUAAAGAGAGAACUAGCCAUGAGUCGAGAGAGAGAGCUGUCAUAUGAAGCUGCACUGAUAGAAAAGGAUCAAAGAGAAGCAGAGCUUCAGAAGAAGGUGGAGGAAUCUAAACAAAGAGAAGCUUAUCUUGAGAAUGAACUUGCUAACAUGUGGGUUAUGGUGGCAAAGCUGAAAUCUUAUGGAGAUGAGAAUAAUGAUUAUAUAUCCCAUAGAGUAGAUGGUAGUGAACUUUGGGACGAAUCAAUAGAUACAAAGAGAUUUCAAUAGAAUUGGCUCAAUGCCACGGGGUAUUAUGUAAGUGAAGAGGAAAGAAAUGAAGGAAAAAGAGGAAAAAGGGGGGGGGGACUCAGAAAUCAAGUUUGUCAUAGUGCAAAAUUCGUGUUAUUCCACUUUAAUCGGUUCUACUAAGCUCUAUUGUCA